AUGACAACCAAGUCUUCACUACUUAAAGUCAUCCUCCUUGGAGAUGGGGGGGUGGGGAAAAGCUCCCUUAUGAACAGAUAUGUCACAAACAAGUUUGACACUCAGUUAUUUCAUACAAUAGGAGUGGAGUUCCUGAAUAAGGAGCUGGAAGUUGACAACCAUUCAGUCACCAUGCAGAUCUGGGACACUGCUGGUCAGGAGCGUUUCAGAAGCCUAAGGACCCCUUUUUACAGGGGCUCUGACUGUUGUCUACUCACCUUCAGUGUGGAUGAUUCUCAGAGCUUCCAAAAUCUGAACAACUGGAAAAAAGAAUUUAUCUACUAUGCAGACGUCAAGGAUCCAGAAAGUUUUCCGUUUGUGGUCUUGGGAAACAAAAUAGACAUGACAGAAAGGCAGGUGUCAUUGGAUGAAGCCCAGGCUUGGUGCAGAGACAAUGGAAACCAUCCUUACUUUGAAACCAGUGCUAAAGAUGCCACUAAUGUUGCAGCAGCAUUCGAAGAAGCGGUUCGAAGGGUUCUUGCUAUUGAAGAUCGAUCGGAUCAGCUUAUCCAUACAGAUAUGGUUAAUCUUAAUAGAAAGCCCAAGCCUAGUUCAAAUUGUUGCUGA